GAUUUGGCUUGCAUCCACAAUUCUUCUAUCUUCAUCAAAGCAUACAAUUCACAGUACAAACUUCAACAUUUAUAUCAAUACACUUGCGCAUCACAACAUCUCCACCAUGCCAUCUUUCAAGGACUCCAUCUCUUCCACCCCAGCUGGCCCUUCACCCGCGCCCACCCCAUCUUCAAACGUCCCAUCGGUCCCAGUACACGAGACUCUGCAUGGCGCCGCUGCAGCUCUGACCUCCCAGGGUCUUGAGCUAUGCCCACACUGCUUCCGCGAGAUGAAGCACUGCAACGAGCGCUUCGAAUUCGCAUAAAUACUACGAUCCCGUCACAAGCAAAAGUCGCUGGCACGCAUGGGAUCACGGUGAACUUGAGUUCAUCUAAACACACGAAUUAAGGCAUAUGGGAGGCGUUUGGGACAGGCAUAGGAUUACAUCGGCAUACCCCACUUUUGAGCAUUGCAUAGGGAAUAAAUAUCUCUUCUUUUUCACCAUCGAACAUUUGCGAAAUAUGCGAAAUGGUAUUAGUUACAUUCUGUUCAAAUGGAUUCUUUCAAGCUUGGACUCGCCACAGCAUCCCAUGCACUGAUC